AUGAAACGCAAACGCGAGGCGAAGCAGGACAGGUCUGGGAGCAGCGGAAGUAAGUUAGAUCCGAUCCCUGUGGAUGCAAAGCUGCCUGGGAAGUUUGUGAUAAAGCCCCACCAAAAGAAGAAACGCCAACGCAGGGAUCUGUUAUGCAAUCAGACAGGCACAAGCUCAAGCUCAAGUAAGUUAGAUUCGCUCCCAGAUGAGCUAAAGCUGGAUAUACUGAACAGAUUGCCUGCCAAGUCUCUUGCGAAUUUCCGAUGCGUGUCGAAGAUGUGGUCUUCCAUAAUCCGGAGCCCAGAAUUCGUCCGUUCCUUCUUCUCUCUCUCCUCAAGGCGACCGCGCCUUAUGGUUGCUUUGGGUAACGGGAUAUACAACCGCAGCACUGAGGAGCGGCUUAUCUUCUUCUUCUCGUUUUCACCAGAAGACGAAGAGGAGUCUUCUUCUUUGGUACCAAAUUUCGACAUGGCAAUAUCUUCCGUGACUUUUACUUCCGAUUCGUCUUGCACUUCUGUCCAUGGCUUUCUCGCUGUUAAGGCUGGAGGUCUGUUAAGUAUAUGUAACCCUUGCACGGAGCAAUUUAUCGAGUUCCCCAGUUGCACCACACACGUGGGUUACGAUCCCAUUGGUGAUCAAUACAAAGCAUUAUUCAAGCGGAUGGUAUAUGAAUUUCGAAAUGGAAUACUUAGUCAUCUUCCUGAGCUAAAGGUGUUAACACUUGGAGAAGGUGGAGGAUGGAGACUUAUUAAACCUCCAACUACUAUGCCUAACUUUAAGACCCUGUCAGUGGGAGUAAGCAUCGACGGUUUUGUCUAUUAUGGUGCAUAUAGCCCAGCCCGACCUACGAAUCCAGGUAUUGUGUGUUUUGAUGUUAGAUCUGAGAAGCUAAGUUAUAUCAAAGCACCUCCGGCUGUCGUGCGUUAUGGUGAUGAUUCAAUAUUUAUCGAAUACAAAGGGAAGCUAGCUUCCAUUGUUCCGGCAGACCCUUAUGGUCGUUUCGAAAGAUUUGAUAUGUGGGUACUAGAGGACGUCCACAAACAUGAAUGGUCACAUCAUAUGUGUGUGAUUCCUCUUUCCAUGUGGGAUUUUGUUGGUGGUUUCCGAUUGUCUUUUCCAGGCGCCAACAAGGCUGGUGAGCUCAUCAUGGCCCCAACGAUGCUGUCACGCCAUGUUCAACCUUUUUACAUCUUCUACUACAAUGUUAAAACAAGAAACAUCAGAAGAGUCAGGCUCCUUGGAAUUGGAGACAAUCAAGAGUUUAGGCGCUCUUAUGGAUUCGUAGAACAGUCUGAAUGUCAUGUCCGUAUCUCACCUCAACACAUCGAGAGCAUUGCCUUCUUCAAGAAUCCUACUACGUAA